UUUUAAUGCCAGAGAAUUUUGUUAUUUUAUUUAAAUUUUUUUUAUAAUUCUCAAAAUAAGUAAAUUCAUCGUUACUCGAAGUCUCGAACCGACUUGAACGUUUUUUAUUUUGUGGUUUGUUAGAAUAUCCACUUUCCCUGUCCGGACGUAUUCUAUUUUUUAUAUAUAUACAAACACCUAAAAUUUUCACCCCGAUCAAGAGUUUCUGAUAAAUGUUAAACUUUAUAAUGUUAAAUACAUUAUAAUCUCAUCAGAUCUUCAGGACAUCAAGUAUAUUUCGGUACAAUUCUGUAAUAAUGACAUCGUCAGAAGAUGUGCUCCUUCAAGUGGGGCCAGUACGGCAUAAGAAAGGCGAUGGGACAUUGUAUGUGAUGAGCCAACAUGUUGCAUUUAUCCUCAAUUCUAGCGAUACUGUAGCUAUUAGCCACCAUUAUAGAGAUAUUAAAAUGCAAAAAAUAUCAUCAGAGUUCAAAAACAAAGUGCAAUUGCAGUUGGUGUUUCACGACGAAACAAUUUCACUAUUUCAAUUUACUAACUCUGAGAGGAGUGAAGCCAUGCGAGAUAGAAAUCGAGUUAAAGACUUAAUACAACAAUUACUGCCAAAAUAUCAAAAACAAGCAAACAAAGAAUUUGGUGAAAAAAGCCGUAUUCUUGGUGAAAAUCGUAUGCUCUUUCAAUUAUAUCAAGACCUAGUCAUUACCCACGUCAUAACAUCUGAAGAAUUUUGGUCGCAGCAUGUCCCUUACCAUUUAGCUACUCAAUCCAAAGUAAUUACUCAAAAAACCGGUGUACCUAAUAAUUUUCUUACCAACGUUACAGUCAAAAGUGAUGGUACAAAAAAAUUCAAUUUAUCUAAUGAUACCAUACAAUGUAUCUUUAAGACAUAUCCAGCAGUUCGGCAAAAACAUCUAGAAUAUGUACCACAUCAAUUAACAGAAUCAGAAUUUUGGCAAAAGUUCCUAGAGUCACAUUAUUUUCAUAAAGACCGUAUUACCACAGGAAGUGCAAAAGAUUUAUUUAAUGAUUGUGCCAAAUUAGACGAUAAUUUAUUCAAAAAUGAAAUUAAAGAUUUAUCUAAAAAUAAUACAGAUUGUUAUGUUGGGUCAAUUGAAGAUGAUGGAUCUGAUGAUAAUAUAAAUUCUAUAUCUGAAGAAAAAUCUUCCAUGGCAAAUAUUGUACAUGAAAAUAUAAUUAAAAGGUUUAAUCAACAUUCAAUGAUGGUUCUUAAAACCUGUGAAAAAUCUAAUUUAAAUUCUAUACCUAAUGGAAAUGACUUAAAAGUGCCAUCUAAUUCAUCUCAUAUAAAUGGCACACCAGAUACCGCAUUGAAGAGGUUGAGAAUUCAAGAGAAAAAUGACUAUGAAGAUCUAAAUCCAGAAGUGGAAACUUUGGAUAAUAAUCAAAAGAAAUUGAAAUUAUCUAGAGUAGAAAGUUAUGUUAAUUGUUUAACAAGAGAACAUAAGCAUGAUAAUACUACCUCCAAACUUUCUAAAGCAAGGGAAGUGCAAAAGAGUAUUAUUUAUGAUGUUUAUGAAUGGAGCAAGACAACUUCAAAUCAAGUUAUUGAACCUAGUGCAGCUGUCAAUACUCUUGGUUUACUUACACCGGGCGGAAGUUUAAUGAAAGGAAUCAGUGAUGAAUCUGCUUCAUUAGCACAGUUGGUACCAGUUACAGUUGAAAAAGAUUUGCGACAGUUGUACAUUUCUUUAGGAGAACUAUUAAGACAUUUUUGGUCAUGUUUUCCUGUAACAACUCCUGCGUUAGAAGAAAAGCUAAUGAAAACUCAUGAUUCCUUACAAAAAUUUCAAAACGCCAAAAUCAAGCCUUUUGAAGACCAAAUAAUUAUUAAUCAUGGUCAAUUAAAUCAGCUCACAAAUCAUUUAAAUUUAAUGUUACAUACUGCCUACAAUAAAUUUUCUGUUUGGCAUUCUAGACGAAAAAUACCUAAUAUUCUUUGACGAGUAGUUCAUCAUGUGUUUUUGUAUUAUAUAUUAAAUGUGCAAUGGGAACAUUGUUGGAACGUUAUAAUAUAAAGAAACAUUAAAUGGUAAAAAUACAUUUUUGACAAAAUGUUUUAAAAUUUAAAUAGAUAAAAAUGUAUGAUGCCAUUACACUGAUGGAAAAUGUAUGAUCAAUAGUCAUUAAGAAUUUAUUUUUCUAGAUUUAAGAUAUUUAAGACACCUUUGAUAUUAAUAUUCUGUGCUUGAUACCCUAGUAUUUAGGGGUGAAGGGAUAGAAAACAAGGGUAAUUUUAAUAAAUACAUAUUAACUUAUGUUUUCAUUAAAUUAAAUGAAUACAAAAAUAUAAUUUAUUAUUAACAGUGUUAAACACUAUGUAUAAUGUGUGAACAUAAAUAAUUGACAGUAGUUUAAUUAAUUUCUUAAGUAAAUGUACUGAUAACAAAUAUUUAUUGUUUAAUUUCCUAUUGUCUAAGUUAAAAAUCAUUAAUUAUUAUAUAAUUGUAUCCAUUGUUAACCAAAAUAUUUCAAUGUGAAGUUGUUUUUCAUUUAUGCAA